AUGGAUCCACACGCAUACACUAAGAGAAAUGGNCCAUCCCCUUCUGAAUCUUCAACGAUCAUCUCUGCUUCAGAGUCUUCUCCACCAUGUCCAAAAGAGGAUCAAGCAACAGACCAAAUUAACCCAAAUUCUCAACUGGGUUUUGAUCUCAGCCUCUGUAACAAUGAUUCCGAUCAUGGGUCCAACCCGGAACUCAAUCUAAUCGACUGUUUCGAUGCCAAUUUGGCUGCAGAGCCAACUGAUACAGAAACAGAGCCGAGGGUUUUCUCUUGCAACUAUUGUCAGAGGAAGUUUUACAGUUCUCAGGCUCUUGGGGGGCACCAAAAUGCUCACAAACGUGAGAGAACUUUGGCGAAGAGGACUCACCGGGUUGGGUCGGGGUCGAAUUUUGGGUUCGCUCAUCGGUAUUCGAAUUUGCCUUCUCUUCAUCUUCAUGGAUCGUUUAGUAGGUCGCUUGGAAUUCAGGCUCAUUCCAUGGUUCAUAAGCCUUCUUCUUUUCAUGUUUCUGGAAUUGGGUCGUCGGGAAUUUAUGGUCACAGUGGGUGGUCACGGCAGCCGCUUGAUCAACAACCGGCGAUUGGGAGGCUGCCGCAGGGGAGUUCCCACAUCGGAAGUCUUAGAUGCAUUACGUCAAACACAGGAGCUGCAAGGUUUGACGGUGUGAAAAAAUUCUCUACGACGGAAACGCCGCCGCCGCUCGAAGGGUUCUGGUGGGAUAGCAGCGGCAGUGGCAGCGGCGGUGGUGGCGGUUUCAGUCACUUGAAGAUGAAGGCUAAACAAGAUGAGUUAUUGAAGCUUGACUUGUCUCUUAAGCUCUAAUCAGAAAGGGAACUUUCUUCAAAUUUCUUUUUUUUUUUUUUUCAAAAUUUUCAAUUAGAUGGUUUGUUCUAAGAUGGGAAUUGAUUUAGAUCCUUAUUUGUUUUCUUUCUUCCUUUCCCUUUCUGCUUCCAAUACUUGAGAAGAUUCUCUGUAAAUAAUCCAUUUUGGCAACAGAAGAAGAACAAAAAAGUAGACCUCUUGAACGGGCAA